CGAGUUACACAUCUAGCUCGGCCAGCGGACGAUGCGUCGCCCACCCGCGGUCUCCUACGGAUGUGGGCGAGAGGAGGCAAAAGGGGCGAGCCAGCUCCGUCAAGGAUCCUGUCUCAAGUGGAGCUCUUUAUGCCUGAAAGAGGCCUAAGGAAAGAAUAGGCCUGAAUAGCUUGAGGACGUUAAAAGGAAGAUGAGUACAAGCAAUAUGGAUGGGAAGUUUGAAAACCCACAAGGAAAUUGUGACAAACAAACCAUGUCAUCAUCUCUGCCAUCACGUGAUCUUCCUGGCCAUAUCGUUGAGCUAAUCCUGAAUCGCUUGAGCUGGCUCGAAGCUCUCAAUGUUGGUAGAGUAUGCAGGACAUGGAAGGCUGCAGUGCAAAAUUACAGCCCUAUGGGAACACAGAGCCCAUGCCUCCUGCACCUCGGGUUGGGGACUGUUCGCUUAUUCAGCACAGUGAAAAAGAGUUGCUCUAUGAUUCGGCAAUUCAACCUGAAUGGGGAGUGUUGUGGUGCAUACAAAAGUUGGUUGGUGUUUAGAGAUCCACCUUCUGAUAAUAUGAGUAUAGUAAAUGUGCUAACUGCAGCUAAUAUCAAGCUUCCACUUCUUCAGAUACAAGGUGACAUUUUUGUUACCCUGUUGUCAUCCCCUGCAACCAGACAUUGUCUUUUGUUGGCUGAGGUGAGAAAUAAGAAAGAGUCUAUCUUUUUUUCUUGCCGUCCUGGGGAUGAUGAAUGGGCUGCAUUGGACAAUCUGUCUGAUGCAUUCUUUCUUCAGUUUUCUGCACUCUCAGAGGAGAAGCUCUAUUUCGCAGAAGAAUCUUUCCUCUUUGUUGUAGACUCAAUACUCCGUGCCAACUCUGAACCUUCAUUGGUUGAUUCAUGGCGCUUCAUGGAUGAAGGGGAAUUAAGUAUGCAUUUGAUAAAGCAUGGUACUGAGAUUUUGGUAGUUCUUGCAUCAAAGGAAGAAAAGAAUGGGCCCAUUAAUAAUUUCUCAGUAUUUCAGCUUAAGCAAGAAGCAUCUAUGGUGAACAUGAAAAACAGGAUCUACCAGAUGCUUCUUCCACAAGUAUCAUUCGUCAAGGUGGAGAGCCUGAGGAACUACGCAAUCUUUUUGGGAAAUGUACAGUCAAUAUGUUUUCCGGUGAAAAAUACAGGAUGCAAAGAGAACUGCAUAUACUUCACUCAACCGUUUGAUGAAAUUGCUUGGCAUAUAUUUGAUUUGGAGAACAAAAGCAUUACUGAUGGUCCUGUUCUCUCGUCGAAGGCCAAUUUUAGGUCUCUUGUCUGGAUAGAACCGGAUGCGGUUUGACGAAAGCCUACAUAUUGAAUUGGGAGGAUUACUUAUGCAGAGUGUUGGAAUGAUUGGACUGGUUGUGAUACCAGAUGGUGACGCUUUUUCUUGCUCUUUGAUUUUCCUUUUGGAAUGUAUUGUGCACAAAUAUUUCUGCAUUGUGUGACCGACUUUUUUGGAAUUAUAUUUUGGCUGUGUUAAGUUA